CUGAGCCGGUGUUCACAUCGAUCGCGAGCGCGUAGCGAUUGCUUCUGUCUGUUGUUUAGGUAUGGCGCCGGCGACGAAGCUGAGAGGCGUGGGGAACCCGGGCGGGGGUCUCGCGCUGUGCUGACCGCGAGCGGGGCCAGAGUGGGCUAUGGAGGAGCCUGGCUCGUUGGUCACGGGAGACCGCGCCGGUGGCCGGAGCUGGUGCUUGCGGCGCGUAGGGAUGAACGCCGAGUGGCUGCUGCUGGAAGACGGAAACGAGAGUCUGAAUGGUGUUUGGCUGAACAGAGUACGUCUAGAACCUUUAAAGGUCUAUUCUGUCCAUAAGGGAGACCACAUCCAGCUCGGGGUACCUCUGGAGAAUAAGGAGAAUGCAGAGUAUGAAUAUGAAGUUACUGAAGAAGACUGGGAGAGGAUGUAUCCUUGUCUUGCCCCAAAGAAUGACCAGAUGACGGGAAAAAAUAGGGGAUUGAGAACUAAAAGGAAAUUUAGUUUGGAUGAAUUAGAGGGUCCUGGAGCUGAAGGCCCCUCAAAUUUGAAAUCCAAAAUAAGUAAAGUAUCUUGUGAACCUGGUCAACCAGUGAAGUCUCAUGGGAAAGGUGAAGUGGCCAGUCAACCCUCUGAAUAUUUGGAUCCUAAGUUGACUUCUCUUGAGCCGAGUGAGAAGGCCACAGAGGCUCAUGUUCACCCUGGCUCCGCAAAAAUCAUAGAGCUUCAUCGUAAGAAGCAGAAAGCCUCAAACCCUUCAGUGUCUCAGAGCAGCUUAGAGCUGUUCAAGGUGACCAUGUCCAGGAUUCUGAAGCUGAAAACACAAAUGCAGGAAAAACAGGUAGCUGUCUUGAAGGUGAAAAAGCAGACCCAAAAAGGGAACUCAAAGAAAAUUGUGAAAAUGGAGCAGGAGCUGCAGGACUUACAGUCCCAGCUGUGCGCAGAGCAGGCCCAGCAGCAGGCCAGAGUGGAGCAGCUAGAGAAGACUUUCCAGGAAGAGGAACAGCAUCUCCAGGGUUUGGAGAAGGAGCAAGGAGAAGAGGACCUGAAGCAACAGUUGGCCCAGGCUCUGCAGGAGCAUCGGGCUCUAAUGGAAGAACUAAAUCGCAGCAAGAAAGACUUUGAAGCAAUCAUUCAAGCCAAGAACAAAGAAUUGGAACAGACCAAGCGAAGAGACUGUCCUGAAGACCACGUUCCAGGGGCGUUCGAGGGACUACCAGGCAGUGGAAGCUUGGGAGGGUCUGGAGGAUUAUCUGUGGACAGGUCUUGGGCCGCUCUGAGAUGGCGCGCGGGGCGGAGCCCCGUGGCACAGAGACUGAGUUAGCGAGUCCUCCGCACGACCGACCGUUGUUGGCUGGCCGUGCUGCCACCACGAGGGCUGCUUCCGGGGACUUGAUAGACUCCGCUUCCCUGUGUGGUGAAUGGGUUAUGCAUUUCUGUUCUGCUUUUUAACUUUAUUGUUUCUGUUAGCGUUUUGGUACCUCAGAAGCCCCUCAGUUGACAUUUGUUUUGGACGGGGCGCGGUACCCCUACGGCUGCCCCUAAAAGCUAAGGCAGCCUCUCUUGGAGAGGAUGGUCUACCUCUUUGUGAAAACAAGAUGUCAUUUCCUGGAAAUAAAAUGUAAAGCCUGUCAGUUGCUCA